AUGGCGUCAGCGAAGAAACGAGUUGAAAUGGCGAUGGCAUCGAAGGCGAAACUACAAACGACAACAAUGGCAAGCGCUCCACAUGUACAAAUUAACACUCAUGUUGAAGAUCCUCAGAAAUCAUUAGAGGAACUUUUUACGGAGGGUAUGCGAACUCACGGAAAACAUUUUGAACGCAAAAAGCCAAGCGUACCGGCGUCAUUUAAUCAGCGACCGGUGUCAUCACUGAAGCCAUAUGUUUCUUCUGCGGAAGGAUCAAGUGAUGAUGGACUUGGCUCUAGUGGAAGACAUACUUUAAGUCCAAGUUCUGUUUCCUCUACUCAGUUAAACACAUCUUAUCAAGGGCCUUAUCAUCCUAGACAAAGUUCUGCACCUGCUCUUAUCAAUUAUGAAGAUAAUCUCGAACAUCAGUCUAGUCGUUUGAUUCCGGGUGUAACGCAUGCGCCUUCCAAGUCGUUGAGUGUUAUGGCAGUGUCACAUGUUGGUGAGCAAUAUCAGAUAACAUCGCAUCGUGCCGCAAAAAGUUGCGAUUUAGAUUGUGAACCUGGCAGACAUUUCGAGCAAGCUUAUCCACCUCAGGGACAAGCUUACUUUGUUGACACUGCAACCGAUGUUACUUAUUGGAGUGAGCCUCGUGCUAAAAGUCAGUCUCUAGAUCCAAUGACACUAGUUGCUAAUGAAAGUUCUAUUAUGGAACAAAGACAUCAGCAGCAAGCUAUCUUCCAGCCUUCAUUACCUGUAUCACAAACAGAAGCUGACGAUGGCUUAGGGCCAUUACCAGAUGGAUGGGCCAAACGGUAUGACCAAAAUGGAGAAGUUUAUUUCGUGGAUCAUAACAGUCGUGAAACCACAUGGUAUGAUCCGAGAAUACCAGCACACUUACAAGAAGAACGAAUUUGGCAAAGGCAUGGUUGUAGUAGACAGAAUACGGAUCAAAUUAGAAGGAAUAUUUAUGAAGUGCCUCUGGAUCAUUCAUCAAUUCGAAGGCAACAGUUAAAGAUGGAAAGACGAGAUAUGCAAGAGCGCCAGCAGCAACUUUAUAGACAGGGCUGGAUUGGUCCACCAUGGCAAGCAGCUCAACAGCAACAUCCUCAAAAUCCAGUCCCUUCAAUGGUCCAUCAGCAACAAGAUAUUCCUGCAGCUUCUGGCUAUAGUGAUUACUUCUUAACUGGACAAACAGUUUCCAAUGAGUAUCUCGGACGGAGUCCAUACUACGCUCACAAUCGAAACAUAUCGAACGAUUCUGCUGUCGACAAUACUAUGGAAAUUGAUUACGUUACCGCGGGUCAAGUAGGCAUCGUCCCUCUUCAAAGUACUCACGAAAUUGAUCCAAAUCUUGUCAGAGAUCUGAAUGCGCAAGAUUUAAAUCCGCAUGAUUUUGAUCAAUAUCUUCAGCUCAACGAUAAUCGUUCGCCUGCAGCUGUUGCUAAACCUUAUUUGUAA